UGUUUCGUUUAAUUCUAUAAUUUUGAUGUCAAAGCUGGAUAUCGAGAAGACUAUAAGAAUGGACUUUUAUGUGCAAGAGCUACAAUGAAACCAAAAGGUGUACGUAAUUCAAAUUGGGUGGAAGAAAAGAGGGAGUGGAAGUGAAAGUAUGAAUAUGGCGGCUACCAGCUCUGUACAACCGCCAUAUUAACAAUUACCGGUUGUCACGUGACAAACACACUCCACUCGACUAUACUGGGGAAACAAUCAGAUCCCUUACACGAUUAAAGCCUAAGAACGGUCGCGAUCAAAACGGAAAUAGAAACGCAUCGCUCCUUCCUAAGUCGUUUAAAACAAAACACAUACUUGCACAAACAAAACCGAAUUUGUUUGUCUUACAUGCUUAAUUAAAGUGAUCGUGCGACUAGAACAUUUCCAUUCGGCUCGCAGACCCGAGUGUAACAUGGCUACCGCUCCUAAACACAAAGUGAAAACUGGUCAGUUAGACAAAUGGUCAAUCAAAGAACAACUUUCGCUGGCCUGUUCUGUUAUGAAGAAUGGUGACCAGAACUGGGUGUCUGUCAGUCGUGCAAUUAAACCAUUUGCUGAAGGAGGAUCUCGACCUGCAGAUUGGUUCUCUCAAAAGAAUUGUGCCUUACAGUAUGCAGAUUUAUUGGAAAAAGUGGAAAUCCCAAAAAGAAAACGUAGUGAUAAAGAAGCUAAUGAAACUCCUGGUGAAUUAAUUGUACGCAAACUCACCAUGGAUCGGCUUGAAGAAUUGAAAAAAAUUAUCGUUGAAGAAGAAAACAGAUACAGAAAGUUAAAACGAGAAAUUGAAUGCAUAAAAAAUGGCCAGUUUGAUGACUGUAUCCAAGAAGUAUGGGAAGCCAUGGUCCAGGAGAAGAAGGUAAAAGAUGCCGCUGUCCAAGCUGCUGCUGCUGCUGCUGCUUCUCGGAAGACUGCAAGAACAGAAGGUUCUUUAGAUCCUCACCGAACUUUAGCCUCAAUAGGUUCCUUUAAAAUAAAACGUCCGAAUCCAAAACGUAGCCGACCACCAUCAUCAACAGAUGUGUUUGACGAUAAAGAUGAUGAGCCCACAACAGAAACUUCAACAGCCGAGAAAAUUACAGAAGCUGAAGACUUUGAACCUAGACACAUAACGCCACAGGUGACCGAGCAGCCUGAGUUGGUUAAUACUACUACUACUAGUAGUAGCAGUAGCAGCAGCAAUAGUAGUAGUAGUAGCAGCAGUAGUAGUAAAGUGGUGCAAACUCAGGCAGCUGGUACAUCUGCGCCGGUAGUGUCACAGGGAUCAUCACAGCAGCAACAACAACAGCAGCAGCAGCAACAGUUGCACUUGAAACAGUUACAACAUAUUCAGAUGCAACAGUUACAGCAGCUGCAACUACAACAACAGCAACAACAGCAACAACAACAAAAACAACAACAACAACAGCAGCAGCAGCAGCAACUACAGCAGCAACAGCAACAGAAAACCAAACCAACCCCACCGUCGUCUCCACUGCUCUCUUCCUUAUUACAGAGUAAAUUAAAAAGUGCUGACAGCCUCCAGCAACUGAAGAAGGAAGCUGAACAGGAACACUCUGCUUUCCAGGCACUUCAACAUUUGCAAGUUCCGGUCACACAUUCUCUUCAAUUGCCACUUUCCACUUCAUCAGCGCUGACCGCAGUGGAAUUACCAAUUAAUGUGACAACCAGCUCAUCGAGCCUGAACGUAUCCAUUUCCAGUAAGCCAGUCUCCUCAAACAGUAACCACAGUUCACCUGUCACCACUCCACUGCCAGCUAUUGCAACCCUCAGCACGUCUCAGCUAUCAACUCUCUCUUCUUCCACUGCCAGCACUGUCACUUCUACACAACAACUGCCACCAAUGACUGUCCUGGCAGCUUCAAAAGUCCUAUCUUCAGCCACUCCCACAGUUCUUGGUGCACUCUCAGGUGACCUGCCUACAGUAAUGAACAGGGUCUCUGUUGAUAAUACGUCCCCCUCUACCUCUGCUCCUACAUUAUCAAAACUACUUGGCACACCUAACCAAACCAAAAUACACCCUCUGGGCCUGGAUUCUUCGCCGGGCCCUGCAGUCAGCCAAAGUUUAGAAAAAAAGGAAGUUGAAAUUGAAGAUCCGCUAGCUGUGAAGGAAGAAUCCAUUGAAAGUACAACUACUCAGGCCACUGAUCCUCAAUCGGUGACGCAAGAAACUAUUGAAGAGAAGAUCCCAGCCCCAAACAUCCAAGAUGAGGACACAUCAUCGCUAGAUUCACAAGCUAAAGAACCUGUGACUGUUGAGGAUGUUAAACCAAAGGUGACGUUACACACUGCAACGAAUGUUGACCUAGAUGAGGAGGAAACGCAACAGGUUCCGGCUUUGUCACCAAAGACAGAAGGAGAAGACACUCACGGAGUUGCCACAACAUUUGCCGAAACUGUGUCCUUGGAGUCGCUGCAUAAAUCAGAAACCCCAACUUCAACAUUGACGACUCAAACUCAGCUUAAGAUGGAUGAAACCAGCAAAGACAGCAGUGAUGAUCAACCUAUUACUGAAACAGAAGGUGUCGAUUCACCUGCCAUCAACUCCAAGUUCAUCAGUGUCGACGAGGAAAUCUCCAUAUCUAUGAAAGAUGAACCACCUUCCCCCUCCAGUAGUGUUUCUUCCAAAUUGAGUGAACCUACCUCGAGUGCUGGCCGCCCAAGGGGUCGUGGAAGAGGCAGAAAAAAGGGGGGAAUAAACAGACGAAAUGUCAAGAGGCAAAUAAUUGAAGAUGAGAAGAAAGAAGAUGGCAACAGUUCUAAACACAGUGAGGCUGAGCUGACUGAAGACGAUUCAGCCAGAGAAAGUGAUGAUCCAACUAAUGCCAUGCUGCUUGCAAGAUCCACAUUAUCAGGCGCCCUAUCUGAUUCCAUUCCAAACAGUCCUGCCUCUUUGUCACAUUACAGUGACACGGAAGAUGAAAAAGCUUACCGCACUUGGAAGAAGUCCAUCAUGCUAGUAUACCGGGCUGCUGCUACUCACAAGUAUGCUAAUGUAUUUCUGCAUCCUGUUCGAGAGGAGAUAGCUCCAGGCUAUCACAGUAUAGUACACAGACCAAUGGACUUAAGUGCCAUUAAGAAGAAUAUUGAAAAUGGUGUUAUCCGCUCUACAACAGAGUUCCAACGUGAUAUGAUGCUAAUGUUUACUAAUGCCAUAAUGUACAACAGCUCUGACCACAAUGUGUACAAGAUGGCACGAGAGAUGUACAAUGAUGUUAUGCAACACAUUGAGCAAUUUGUGAGCACACAGUUAAUGGUGCAAACGGAACCAAAAAUGCUACGGCCAUCGCGCAGGAUGGAAAAUAUCGAGAAGGAAGAAGAUACAAAAAAACGAAAGACUGACCCCAAUCAAGAUGGUGGCAAGAAGAAAAAACGUCCCAAGCCAGUAACUCCUGAAGACACGCCUCCAAAAACACCCAAUGAGUGACUUGAAUUAAGAACUGACCUGCUAUGUCCCAGCUUGUUGUAGCUCUUGCCUCUCACCACAUCCACCUCUCUCAUUGUCCUUGAGUCCUCCUGUCAUACGUUCGUAAUCAAUAUUGCUGCUACUUUUAACUAUACCUCAAUCUCUUCCAAACAGAGAGACAUGGUUGAGGUUUGGCUUGUUGGCUUCAAAAGUCACUCACACUCAACAUCAGUCUUUUUUUUUCUUCUCUCCCUUUUUUUCUAAUAAAAUUAUUUAAAACUACAAAUGAAUUAACUAAGCUUUUCAAUGUGAAUUGACAUUAGACAUUUUAAACAUCAAUUUGCAACAGAAAAGAGAACAAUGAUGUUGGAACCAUAUAUUUAUUGCUUGCCAAGGGACCACAUUACCAAUUACACUACAUAGUGUAUGUCACUCUUUCUCCCUUAAAUUAGGUACUUAAAUCUUAUUUUUUCCAUUCUUUUUUUUUGUUUUUAAUUUUCAAAAGAUAAUUGGUCAGUUACUUAGCAUACAUAGCAGAAUAGCUGCUGCAUACAUAAAUAUAUUCAGCA